UUCACUCAUUUACACGCACGCCACCGCGCGAUCGCACACGCACGCACACACCCAUUCGCGCGCAGGCACGUUAGGUGUGAGUGCAGUGUGUAGUGGUGGGUGUGGGAGGGGAUGGGGAGGGCUGCCCGUCUGAAGAGGGGUUCCUAAUCAGCGCGCAUCAGCACCGUUCAUUCUCCACUGGAGGGCGAGUGGUACAAGAACACCGGGACACUCCGGCGGGAGGGAGGCAGAGUAGACAGUCGGAGGGAGACGGGAUAGAGCAGCAGCAGCUGGAAGACACGCAGACAGGCGGAGACAGAAAAUCCCUACCCGGACCCUGCACAGCAUCAUUUUCUCUCCGCCGUCGGAUUAAACCCCCUCUCCAUCUCCAACCGCGAAACCACGCCGAGAUAUGAACUCCCGCUGAAAUUAUUGAUGCUGAACUGAGUGGUCCACUGCUAUCUUCCAGUGUUUCCCCUCCCCUCAGUUUUCUGUCUCCCUGUCUGUCACCUGACUUGUGAGCAGCCAUGACAAAGUCCUACGAAUUCAACUGGGAGAAGCACCUGCCUGAGUUCAUGCAGGAAGGCGCCUCUUUCGACAGGUUUGAUGAGGACCCAUACAUCUUUGAGCCCAACUGCCACAUGGAAGUGGACGAGUACGGCUUUUUCAUCACCUGGAAGAGUGAGGGAAAGGAAGGUCAGGUUCUGGAGUGUUCUCUCAUCAACAGUAUUCGCGUCGGUGCCGUCCCAAAGGACCCUAAGAUCCUGUCAUCAUUUGAGGCCACUGGAAAGACAGAAACAGACUUGGAGGGUUGCAUCAUCUGCAUCUGCAGUGGCACAGACCUGGUCAAUCUCAACUUCAUGUUCAUGGUGGCAGAGAACCCAGAGACAGCCAGGAAGUGGAUCGAGGGUUUGAGGUCAGUGAUUCACAACGUUAAGGCCAACAACGUCUGUCCAAUGACAUGCCUCAAGAAACAUUGGAUGAGAAUGUGUUUCCUUACCAACGUGAAUGGGAAGAUUCCUGUAAGAGGCAUCACUCGGACAUUUGCAUCAGGCAAAACGGAGAAGGGGAUCUUUCAGGCUCUGAAGGAUCUGGGCCUUCCUAGUGGAAAGAACGAUGAGAUUGAACCAGCAGAUUUUACCUUUGACAUUUUUUACGCGCUCACACAGAAGAUCUGCCCUCGCACAGAUAUAGAGGAGCUCUUCAAGAAAAUCAAUGGGAACAAAACUGAUUAUUUAACUGUAGACCAGUUAGUCAGCUUUCUGAAUGAAAACCAGCGCGACCCAAGGUUAAAUGAGAUUCUGUUUCCAUUCUACGACCCCAAGAGAGCCAUGCAGAUCAUCGAGAAAUACGAGAGAGACGAAGAUCUGAAGAAGAAAGGUCACAUGUCCAGUGAUGGCUUCUGCCGGUACCUAAUGUCAGAUGAAAAUGCUCCAGUGUUCCUGGACCGGCUGGAACUGUACCAAGAUAUGGACCAGCCGCUGGCCCAUUACUUCAUCAGCUCCUCCCACAACACGUACUUGACAGGCCGACAGUUUGGCGGGAAGUCCUCAGUAGAGAUGUACCGGCAGGUCCUGCUGGCUGGAUGCAGAUGUGUGGAGCUGGACUGCUGGGAUGGGAAAGGAGAGGACCAGGAACCCAUCAUUACUCAUGGCAAGGCCAUGUGCACAGAUAUCCUGUUCAAGGAUGUUAUCCAAGCCAUUAAGGAGACAGCAUUUGUCACAUCAGACUUUCCUGUUAUUUUGUCAUUUGAAAAUCACUGCAGUAAACCUCAGCAGUACAAGAUGGCCAAGUACUGCGAGGAGAUCUUCGGUGACCUGCUCCUCAAACAGCCUUUGGAGAACUAUGCGAUUGAACCUGGGCGUCCUUUACCCUCUCCAAGUGAGCUCAAGCGGAAAAUCCUCAUCAAAAACAAACGCUUGAAACCUGAAGUCGAACAGAAGCAGCUCGAGGCCUUCAAGAAACACAUGGAGGCAGGAGAGACAAACACCCCUGCUAUCAUUAUGGGAGAGGAGAAUGAAGACGACACAGAGAACGGAGAAAAAGAGGCAGAGGAUAAGGAUUUGAAUUCAGAGGCCCCCAGCAGUGUUUCUGAAGCAACCAGCGAGAAAGAAUCCAACAGUGUUUCUCAGAGUAAUGCUGUCAGCUCAAGGAAAGAUGACGAGCAAAGCAACAGUAUUAAGAAGGUACCUGAAGAUGAGGUGACAGAGAUAUCUGAAGCAACUGACGCCACAGACAUCUCUGAAGCAUCUGACCAAGACAACAACAAGAAGACUGUAGAUGUGGCAGAAGACUUAGAAGAGGCUCUGAUAGCUCAGUACACCUAUGUGGGAGCCACCACUAACAUCCACCCGUAUCUGUCAGCCAUGGUCAACUAUGCACAGCCGGUCAAGUUCCAGAGUUUUGAUGUAGCUGAAGAAAGGAAUAUCCAUCAUAACAUGUCAUCUUUUAACGAGUCAGUUGGCCUGGGCUAUCUGAAGACUAAUGCCAUUGAGUUUGUGAACUACAACAAGCGUCAGAUGAGCCGUAUCUACCCCAAAGGGGGCCGGGUGGACUCCAGUAAUUACAUGCCUCAGAUCUUCUGGAACGCAGGCUGCCAGAUGGUCUCACUCAACUUCCAGACCCCAGAUCUGGCCAUGCAGCUGAACCAAGGAAAGUUUGAGUACAAUGGUUCCUGCGGGUACCUGCUGAAGCCCGACUUCAUGCGGCGGUCAGACAGGAUGUUUGACCCAUUCUCAGAGACACCGGUGGAUGGUGUCAUCGCUGCAACCUGCAGUGUACAGGUGUUCUCAGGACAGUUUCUCUCUGACAAGAAAAUCGGGACCUACGUUGAAGUCGACAUGUAUGGACUGCCAACGGACACCAUCCGGAAAGAGUUUCGCACUCGCAUGGUGAUGAACAAUGGACUGAACCCUGCCUACAACGAGGAGCCAUUCGUCUUCAGAAAGGUGAUCUUACCAGACCUGGCCGUGCUGCGCAUCGCAGUCUACGACGACAACAAUAAGCUGAUUGGGCAGCGCAUCCUGCCUCUUGACGGCCUGCAGGCUGGCUACCGCCACAUCUCUCUGAGAAACGAAGGCAACAAGCCGCUGUCGUUGCCCACAGUCUUCUGCCAAAUCAUCCUCAAGACCUACGUGCCCGACGGCUUCGGAGCUAUUGUGGAUGCUCUAUCAGACCCAAAGAAGUUUUUGACUAUAGCAGAGAAGAGAGCUGACCAGAUGAAAGCACUGGGAAUUGACACGAACGACAUAGCAGAUGUUCCCAGCGGAAGCUCCAAAAACGACAAGAAAGGGAAGGGUAAAGGUGACACCGUGAAAACCAGUGUGACACCGCAAGCCAGCUCAGACAUGGCCCAGACUUCCAACGCUGCCCAAAAUAACACGACCGAAGCCAAGAAGGAUAACGCACUCGUGCCUACUGUCAGCAUUGAUGACUUAAAGCAAAUGAAGUCGUACCUUAAAUUGAUUAAAAAGCAGCAGAAGGAGCUCAACACUCUAAAGAAGAAACACUCAAAGGAUCAAAAUACAAUGCAGAAAACUCACUGCACGCAGGUGGACAAGAUAGUGUCUCUGCAUGAUAAGGAGAAAGUAACUCUGGAGAAGCUACUAGAGAAAGCCAUCAAGAAACGAGGUGAAAACAACUGCCAAGAGCUGAAGAAGGAGACAGAAGAUAAGAUUCAAACGCUAGUUGCUGAUCAUAAAACCAAGGUAAAGGACAUCACAGCACAGCACACCAAAGAGUGGUCAGAGCUAAUCAGUAGUCACAGCAGUGAGGAGCAGGAGAUGAAGGACAGCCACGUCACCCAGCAGUGUGAACACCUCAAGAAGCUCUUGGCCACUGUCCAGGAGCAGCAGACCCUGCAGCUCAAACUCAUUCAUGAAAGGCAGAGCAAAGAGAUGCGUGCCAACCAGGCUAAAAUGUCCAUGGAAAACAGUAAAGCCAUCAGCCAGGACAAGACUAUCAAAAAUAAGGCAGAGCGAGAGAGGAGAGUGCGAGAGCUAAACAGCAGCAACACCAAGAAGUUCCUGGAUGAGAGGAAGAGGCUGGCUAUGAAGCAUCAGAAGGAGAUGGAGCAGCUAGAGAAAAACCAGAGAGAGCAGCUGGAGAAACUGGAGAAGUUCAAUGAGCAGCUUUUGAAAUCACACCAUGCAAACAAACAGGUUCAAGACGAAGGACAUGCAGCAGAUGGUGAAGUUGGAGGAGGAGAUGGACCGCAGACCUGCCACAGUGGUGUGAGCGGCUGAGACUGGGAAGACACAUUCACACUUGUACACUCAAACACAAGAAGGUGCAGAAAACACUCCACAGAAAGCCCUCUACAGUCCAGAGAUGAAAACCUUCCUGCAUCACUUUCUGUGUUUUAUUUAUGUUCGCUCAGACACACAGCAGCCCCGGCCCUACACCUCUUCUUUUGCUCUGUUCACUCAGCCAUGCAUCGUGUGCUCUCCAACCACUAUCUUUAUACCACUGAGCCAUUGGUGCUUAUCACCGUUUGUCAGGGGGGAUUAACCACUUAUCGAGACAGGAAACGUUACCUCGGAGAACACACAGGAAAAUACGUCGUCUCCUCUAGUGUAUCUAAAUUCUCUGUUGCCAUCACAUUGUAUGUUCUCUUCAGCUAUUAGCAGUACUUAGUACAAGCACACAUACACCAAAUUCCUCACACACACACACGCCGGCUCAUGACAGGUCACAUAAACAGGCUCUGUUCCCAAUUUGACCAUUUUUGCGAAGGAAAAAAAAAAAAGCAGUAUCCAAUGAACCGCUGCAGAAACAGAGGGAUGAAGAGUAUGUAUAAGAUUUAAUGUCAUUUCAGCACAAAUGAAUCAACUGUAUGAGAAAUACACUGUAUGCUACACCAGUCGUGUCCUGAGCACUUUGUAUCUGAUAGGCUGUCAAAAAAAGUUAAAAAAGGAAAAAAAGAAAAAGAGAAGAAAAACUAACAAAAACACAGAACAUGUAGCGGUGCACUACUGUAGGUUUUCUGUUUUCAGUAAGAAUGUAUUUUUAAAAAAAUAAAAUUGUUGUAUUAAGAGUGGCAACACCCACCCCCCUUUCUCCCUCCAUGUUACACAAUCCUCCACCUUAUCACAAAGACAUGUUAUUGACUUUUUGAUGACUAUAAAAAAGGUUUAUUGUCAUGCUGAGUCAGAAUACUAUAAAGGGAUCACAGGGAAUACAUGCUAAUCCCUCAAUCAAAUUUUUUUGUUUCACUUACUUUAAUUUUAGGUACUCAUGAGAUGGUUUAAUAGCUGUGCUUCUUUUGCACUUGGAAAUUACAUUUAUAUGUAUUUUACUCGUUUCCAUGAGUACAGUUUAAACUGCAAUACUUUUGGUACUCUACGUACACUAUGCAAACAAGAUAAUUCCCUCAUAGCUGUAACAGUAAACGGUAUUCCACACUUGCUGUCGCCCAUUCCUCUAUCUGACUUUGGCUGGCAGCCGUCUCUUUGUCUUGUCAUUAUUACAGCAUUGUUGAAUGCUAGUGCUCCCUUUAUAGAUUCUUGACUGCACCUGAGCACCCUCAGCUUGUAAACCUCGCAGUUUCCCUGUCCUGCUCUGGCUAUAGGAGGGUGGACCGAAUAACAGAUUCGUAGAAGUCUCUGGUGUUCACUCCUGUCUACAGCAGGUUCCCUUCCUAACGAUGUUACAGAGGUGAUGUUGGAGGUGGUGGUACUGUGCCCUGAUGCCUCUGCAGAGAAUUAAAAGUGUGAUGUGCAGUACUGUUAUAAUUUCACACUAACAUUGACUAAACUGACAAAAAAGUCAUGUAAUGAUAUAAAAACAUUAAGGAUAAAGGCACCUAUGGGUAUUUUGGCCUUUUUUAAAAAGUUUUGUUUGUUUGUUUGUUUUCCUCUGUUUUAUUCUGCUGUGUUAUAUGUAAAGGGUAGACGGGAUAUUCUUGUAUAUACUGGAAUGUAUGUAGUUUAAUUUACUUUUGGACCAGUUGUGUUCUGCCAUUUAAGGGCUUGGGGAUUGAGUGGGUCUGCUGGGUGAGGGAAAAAUGAUCAACCAUUGUUUUGUUUUUGAGUUUGUUCUUUUUCUUUUCUUGUUUUCCAGUCUGCCCUUAUACUGCACCACACAACACGAUAUAAAGCUCUCACCACAUAUCUAGUGUAGAGAUAAAUGAGUAAAAGUGCUUUUAAAUUUUAUUCCAUCGCUUUCAAAUGUGCCACUCGGUGUCUGUUAGGAUGUUUAAAUUAUUUUAUGAAUGAUAAAAUGCCAAAUUAAGGGGUUAUUUAUAUGAAAGUAUAUAUAAAUAAAUGAAUAUAUAUUAUAUAUUAGAUAAUGUGUAGUUUAAGAUGAUUAUGUUAGAAGCUUUUUUUGCACUAGUUGAAUGUUUCUGUUGUGUGAUUUACAUGUAACCUUUGGCUCUCGAGUUUGUCAAAAAAGCAGAUUAUUUUUGCAGAGCAACAUCACUGAUUUCAUUUCCUCAGUUUCUACUGUAUCUCCUUUAUUUUCUAUUUGAAUUGUAGCUUGUCGACAGACAUUCUGUGCGUGUUUUUGUAUUUAUAUUGUACUGUUGAACUUAUAGCAAUGAAAAUACUGUUGUUAUCCAGCUCCUUUAAUACUGUUUUAUAGUAUGUGUCUCAAUAAAUCCAGGUGUAAAAUGGGACAUAA